AUGUGGGGAACGUUUCACACAGGCAGGAGACCUAAAAACACAUCAGAGAUCACAUACAGGGGAAAGACCCUAUGUAUGUCAGGAAUGUGGGAAAUGUUUCACACAGACGGGAAGCCUAAAAACACAUCAGAGAUCACAUACAGGGGAAAGACCCUAUGUAUGUCAGGAAUGUGGGAAAUGUUUCACACGGGCGGGAAGCCUAAAAACACAUCAGAGAUCACAUACAGGGGAAAGACCCUAUGUAUGUCAGGAAUGUGGGAAAUGUUUCACACAGACGGGAAGCCUAAAAACACAACAGAGAUUACAUACAGGGGAAAGACCCUAUGUAUGUCAGGAAUGUGGGAAAUGUUUCACACAGGCGGGAAGCCUAAAAACACAACAGAGAUCACAUACAGGGGAAAGACCCUAUGUAUGUCAGGAAUGUGGGAAAUGUUUCACACAGACGGGAAGCCUAAAAACACAACAGAGAUUACAUACAGGGGAAAGACCCUAUGUAUGUCAGGAAUGUGGGAAAUGUUUCACACGGGCGGGAAACCUAAAAACACAACAGAGAUCACAUACAGGGGAAAGACCCUAUGUAUGUCAGGAAUGUGGGAAAUGUUUCACAGUGGCGGGAAACCUAAAAACACAUCAGAGAUCACAUACAGGGGAAAGACCCUAUGUAUGUCAGGAAUGUGGGAAACGUUUCACACAGGCGGGAGACCUAAAAACACAUCAGAGAUUACAUACAGGGGAAAGACCCUAUGUAUGUCAGGAAUGUGGGAAAUGUUUCACACAGACGGGAAGCCUAAAAACACAACAGAGAUCACAUACAGGGGAAAGACCCUAUGUAUGUCAGGAAUGUGGGAAAUGUUUCACACAGACGGGAAGCCUAAAAACACAACAGAGAUUACAUACAGGGGAAAGACCCUAUGUAUGUCAGGAAUGUGGGAAAUGUUUCACAGUGGCGGGACACCUAAAAACACAUCAGAGAUCACAUACAGGGGAAAGACCCUAUAUAUGUCAGGAAUGUGGGAAAUGUUUCACACGGGCGGGACACCUAGAAAUCCAUCAGAGAUCACAUACAGGGGAAAGACCCUAUGUAUGUCAGGAAUGUGGGAAAUGUUUCACAGUGGCGGGAAACCUAAAAACACAUCAGAGAUCACAUACAGGGGAAAGACCCUAUGUAUGUCAGGAAUGUGGGAAAUGUUUCACAGUGGCGGGACACCUAAAAACACAUCAGAGAUCACAUACAGGUGA